AUGGAGAGAGGGAAAUUGAAUUUAGAGAGUGCGCCUGAGGUGAAUAAUACUACCAAUGGUUCAGUUGCCACGUACAAGGCAUUGCCUGAGGACAGUGCAGUAGUCGAUAGUAAACUGGACAAAACUAACUCUAGUACAACUCCAACAGUAACUAUGGGGAAAAAUGAUGCUGAAGGUGAGGUUGGAGAUGGGGCUAAUGAGAAAAUGCUCAAUGAACAAUCAAAUGUUGAGCCGACGAAAAACGCAUCUGAGGUAAUAUUUAUCUCUGAAAACGGAGAUGCAAAAAUCGAUAUGAAGCAAGUGAAAAAACAAGUUGCGGGUUUGAGUAAAGAAGAAUUGAUGAUGUAUGCUGAUGAUCCAUUUUGGGUUAAGCUAAGAUGGAUGUUAUUUGCCGCUUUUUGGCUGCUGUGGAUUGCUAUGUUGCUCGGUGCAGUAGCAAUUAUUGUGCUGGCUCCAAAGUGUCAAGCACCAACGCCUAAAAAAUGGUGGGAAAAGAGCCCAAUUGUUCAACUGGAGCCAGAGGAUGUCAGUGGGAAAUUAUUUGAAGACGUCGAAAGUAUUUUAGAUCAAUUAAAACAAGAGCAUGUCCAAGUUAUUUCACUUUCCUCGUUUCUGAAGGGUGGUUCUAGUGCCACGGAGGAUUUCAUUGACAUCGAUCCUCGAGUUGGUAACGUUAAUUUCGUUAAAAAACUAGUCGACUCAGCUAACACCCGAGAGAUAAAUGUAGUGCUUGAGUUUGACCCCAACCAGUCAUCAAUGAAGCACGAGUGGUUUGAAAAAUCUGCUAGGCGUGAAGAACCAUACACUGAUUACUAUGUGUGGGCUGAUGGUAAAAUUGAUUCUGAGGGUAAGGUUUUGAAACCCAGCAACUGGCUGAGUGUUUAUAAUGGUAAAGCUUGGAAGUGGCAUGAUAUUCGUCAACAAUACUAUUUACACCAAUUCAAUGAAUCAACACCGGAUCUGAACUUCAAUAACACUAAAGUUAUUGAGGAGUUUAAUAAUAUCUUCAAAUUCUGGCUGGAUAUUGGUAUUAAAGGAUUCCGUCUUGGUAACACGCGUUACUUGAUUGAAGAUCCCGACCGCCGUGAUGAACAACGGGGCUAUCAAGUUGUCAUUGAUGAAGACGACUACAACUAUCUUUCUCACGCUCGUACCAAAGACCAUGUAGACAAUACUAAAGUUAUUAAGCAAUGGCGUGAUAAUAUUAAUACUAAUGAAAGUAAUAAAGAUGUAUUAUUCACAAUGUCGGAUGAUGUUAAAAAUGAUACUUUGACAAUCUUCAAUGAAAACCGGAGGGUUAUUGACCUACCACAGAAUUCUCAGUUCUUCAGAGAAGCUGAUGCCAGUAUUAGCGCUCAAGCGUUGAAGACUGACAUAUCAUCUUGGAUAUCAAGUGUUAAUGUUUCUUGGCCAGGAUGGGAUAUUAAUGGCAAGAAACCUUUGAGGAGCCGUAUGAACCCAGACAUAGCAGAUAGCAUAAUAUUGAUGUCAUUACUUUUACCAGGGACACCAAUAUUAAAACUAAACGACGUACUGCCAGCAAAGAAACACUUUUCUACACUAGCAGCCCUUCGAUACGAAGACCAAUUUUUAUAUGGCAAUUUCUCAAGCCAUGUUAUUAAUGAGACAGUCUUUGCAUACGUCAGGGUAAGGUCUGGAUUGCCGGGAUAUCUUGUGGCGUAUCAAAGCUCUGAUCAAGAUAUAGUUAUUGACAUUUCGGGGCUGGAUACAAUACCUGCAGACCUCAACGUAAUUGCUUACAGUGCAAAUUACGCUGGAAAUUCAACAGACGUUCCAGCACAAUAUCCAUCGGAUAAGAUUCCAUUAUCCAAGAAGAGUACUUUGGUGCUGUCAUUCGUACCAGAAAAGAAGAAUUAG